AUGGUCAAGUCUGUCGGCUCCUCAAACAAUCCAAUACUCGACUCAAAAUAUUUGGUAGGACCAAUGGAUUCUGUUUCGAUAGCGAUUCCAGUGGAAUACGAGGUCGAAGGAACAGGGAAGAGCGUGCAGGGUAUAUCUAUCGAGUCUGACCAGGAAAUAUAUAUUGUGGGGAUCAAUCGCGUAACCAGUGGGUCGUCUUACAUGGACGGAUUUCUGGGUAUUCCGGUAGCGUCGCUUGGAUUUUCUUACUAUCCCGUUACUAAAAGCGGAAAGGCAGAGAUCUUGAUCGUUGGAGUAUAUGAUCUCACCACUGUCAACAUUAUCAGCCCAAAAUCAUUCAAGUAUGGCCAUGUAACUCAAUAUUCAUUAACAGAAACCAUCAAUGCUUUCGAAACCCUACAACUACAAACUAUGUCAAACGACUUGACCGGAUCUCACAUAAGAUCGGAUAAGGUUGUGAGUGUGUACAGUGGUAACAGAUAUACUGACGUCGGAGGGGAAAGGAACCAUCUGGUACAACAUGUGGCCCCGGAACACCUUUGGGGAUGCACCCAUGCCAUAGUGCCGCCUCGCGGCGCAGAAUACGAAGCUAUUUUUGUAACAGGUACCGAUGACACUCACGUGACCUCUUCGUGUGGCCCCUGUUUUGAGUUAACUAGCACUAAUCCAUCCUCAUCGAAAGACAUGGGAAACGAACACUGUCUGUUUAGGUCAAACAACCCUGUCUCGGUGACAAUGAUUAUCAGAUUUGACGCCGGUAAUAUUGACCCUACCAUGAUCAGAAUACAGCCACUGCAACGAGUGCAACGGUUGGUGUUUUUUGUAACAAACACCACACAAUUUGCAUAUCUGAUACUGGUAUGCGAUGUUACACACAUCUCCUUGGAUAACACCCCAGUAGUUACGGCCUUUUUGCCUGGUCAGGGUGUGGCGUUCUACCACUCGCAAUCACUCGUGGAACCAGGUCGCCACGUCAUCAGCUGUGGUUCCGGAUGUUCAGUGUCGGCUUACAUCCACGGCAGCCAAGGCGCAGAAGCUCUCGGGUACCCAAUUAUUCCCAAUCAAGUCCCGGAUUGCGAUCUGACACCUAAAGGAACGGUAGCGACCGCAGCGUCAACGCAAUCGGUGCCAAUUGCAUCCACAGCAAUCGACCCCGCAACCAAUACUGGAAGCAUCGACGUUUCAACUCAGACGGACACAACCCAGUGGCUUGGAGGAACCACGACUCCCGACGUCCUGAACCGGACGUGCAGGUGUCGCGCGUGCUCCUUAGUAACGACCAACUACAGCCAGGAGGAGCUGGAGAGUCUGGUGGCGGAGCUGAGGCAGAAACUACUGGUAAAGCGGGAAGGCACAGCCAAGUACGUGCGGACACUUGUAUCUGCCCCCGACAACCGAACCUCCGCCACGGUGGUUGGGUACUUGGCGGGAACUAUCCUCGUAACUUUGGCGGUGGGUCUGUUGGUCAUAGACAGUCCAAAUCUCUUCCGUAUGCUGAAGACCAUAAAACGCAACCUCUCGUCACCAAGGGCAACAACAAACAAAUAA